AUGACAUACCUGUCGAGUUAUUUGAUCAACAGAACGGCGUAUAGGGACGAUACCACGAUCGGAAGUGGCAAGCGAUUCAUGGCCAAAGAGCGGUGCUGGAUCAGUCUCCAAACCUGCAAUAUGGAGCUGAGCGGCAGAAUAAGAAGGCCCGGUACCCUGCCGUACUAUCUCGCUUUGGCGUUGCACGCACUCUUGCUAAAAUCGAACGUUUACGGGCCACCGCUAGCUCCUUCCUGCAGUGUAGCUCUGCUCGCUCGGUGUAAUUAUGUUCUUUCGAACAGGGAUAGUGGUGAUCUCUACCCGGUAGUCGGCAAUCCUGCUCCAAAGCUUUCACAGAACCACAGAAGCCGGGUAAUCAGGUCGUAUGAUGCAGAGAAUAGACUGUACGAGUCCGCGCCUAAGAAAACGACAUCGAGCAAAAAAAAAAUGCACCCGCGACCCUGCACAUGCCCUCAUUAUCCAUCUUGUCUAAUACGAGUCGUUAUAAACCGGCGAGAACCUGUCGACACGAGGACCGGUAUCUGGGUUGGAGCAAGUCCACCCGCUGUGAAGGCGAGUUGCCCGGAUCGAAACCCACUUUGGGCCAAACUGGGAAAGGGAG